GGUCUAUUUAGACUGUUAAUUCUUUAUCAACUUAAACUUUUUUGAAAAAAAAAAAUGAUAUUAAGAUAUCAACCAAAAUUAUGGCGAUUGACAGCUGUAUUAAGUGUGCUACUGAUUUGGAAAAUUUCUCUCAUUCAAGGCGAUGUAGAAUCAAGAAUAAUAAAUGGAAAAUUAGCAAAAAUUGACAAUACCAAACAUCAAGUAUCAAUACGUCUGAAAGCAAAAGAUUACCCCUUUGGUAAUGGUCACAUUUGUGGUGGAUCAUUAAUUGGACCUUAUAAAAUAUUAACAGCAGCACAUUGUGUAUACAAUGCUGACAAAAAUAGAUAUCGUCUCCCCAGAGAACUUUUAAUAGUAAUGGGUACAUUGAAUCGUUUCAAAUCAAAAGGAACUAUUGUUUCUGAUGUCUCAUCUAUAGCAUAUUUAAAAACAUUUGACAUUAAAACAAUGAGAGAUGAUGUGGCGAUAAUAUUUUUGAAAAAAGGUUUAUCACAACCGCAUCCUAAUAUUCAACCGAUUCCAUUGAAUAAUUUCACACUUCCACAAGGGUAUAUAUGCGAAGUUUCUGGUUGGGGUAAAACAUCGAUGUCUUUGAAGGAUAUGCCAGCAGAUUUGCUUAUCACAAAUGUAUCAAUAAUUUCAAGAAAAAAUUGUUCACAAAGUUAUGGAAGUUCUAUUCAACCCGGAAUGAUUUGUGCUGGUUAUAUGUUAGAGGGCAAUGAUGCCUGCCAGGGAGACUCUGGUGGUCCAUUGGUGUAUAAUGGCGCACUAGUUGGUGUUGUAUCCUGGGGUACAGGAUGCGGACAAAGAUUAUUUCCCGGCGUAUAUUCCGAUGUGAAAUAUUAUAUUAAUUGGAUAACUAAAACAAAUGCUAGUGGGAAAUUGAGUUGGAGUAUGACAACAACCGUAAUUGGGAUGAUUGCGAUUUUAUUUAUAGGAAAAUAUUUUUAAUGUCUAUAUAAGAGAUACC